UAUGCAGAGGAUGACAGUCAUGUUUUGUUUGAAAGCUUGGAAUCAACAGCAUCGAAACAACACCUCGUCUGAUUCCCUGGCUCCUGUCUGUCCAUUUACCGGCCGCUGUAAUACCCGAAAUCCCACGCUGAAAUGGAAGAAACGAGCCCCCUCGUCUCUCCUCUCCAGGACUCCGUAGAUUACAACUGUUGCCAGAGCGAAGCCACCAGUCCAAUAACUCCGGGUUCUGUGGUGCGAGUGUCGGCUGGGAGCCCUGGACGCAGCCGGGAGAGACAGACGCUUUUGGUCAGGGACAGAGGGAACUCUCCGCGGGAUCCACACAGGAAUGAGUUUCCAGACGACCCAGAGUUUCGGGAGAUCGUGAGGAAAGCAGAACAAGCCAUAGAAGAAGAGAUCUUUCCAGAGAUCAUCUGCCAAGGAUCUAGUGGUAGUUACUUCGUGAAAGACUCUCAAGGGAACGUAAUCGGUGUGUUCAAGCCUAAGAACGAGGAGCCGUAUGGUCAGCUGAACCCAAAGUGGACCAAGUGGCUCCAGAAGCUGUGUUGUCCCUGUUGCUUCGGACGGGACUGUCUGGUCCUGAACCAGGGCCAUCUGUCUGAGGCCGGGGCCAGUCUGGUGGACCAGAAACUACAGCUCAAUAUCGUGCCCCAGACCAAGGUGGUGUACCUGGCCAGUGAUACGUUUAACUACAAUGCUAUAGACAGAGUCAAGUCUCGGGGAAAGAGGCUAGCUCUGGAGAAAGUUCCCAAAGUUGGACAGCGCUUCAACAGAAUAGGCCUCCCUCCUAAGGUGGGAUCAUUCCAGUUGUUUGUGGAGGGCUACAAAGACGCAGACUAUUGGCUAAAGCGGUUUGAGGCAGAGCCUCUUCCAGAGAACACCAAUCGGCAGCUGCAGCUUCAGUUCGAGAGACUGGUGGUCCUCGACUAUAUAAUCAGGAACACGGAUCGGGGGAAUGACAACUGGCUGUUAAAAUACGACUGUCCAAUGGACAUAGAAAGGAACCGGGAGACCGACUGGGUGGUGGUAAAAGAGCCUAUUAUCAGACUGGCAGCCAUAGACAAUGGUCUUGCCUUCCCAAUCAAACACCCUGACUCCUGGAGAGCCUAUCCAUUCUACUGGGCGUGGUUAUCUCAGGCUAGGGUUCCUUUCUCUGAGGAGAUUAGGGACUUGGUUCUGCCGAAACUGACCAACCCCACCUUCAUCAAAGACCUGGAGGAAGACCUCUACCAACUCUUUAAGAAGGAUACAGGCUUUGACAGAGGACAGUUCCACAAACAGAUAGCUGUGAUGAGAGGACAGAUUUUGAACCUGAGCCAGGCCCUGAAGGAGCGUAAGACCCCCCUACAACUGGUCCAGAUGCCCCCAGUCAUAGUGGAGACAGCCAGAGCACCACAGAGAGCCAACAGUGAGUCCUACACACAGAGCUUCCAGAGCAGGAAACCCUUCUUUACCUGGUGGUAGAGGAGGAGGCCAAGUCGAAGAGGAGGUAAGAGGGGGAGAGACUUGAGAUGGAGGAAGACUGUAUAGCACUGGAGCAGAAAGAGAGGAUGGUGAGAAGCGAGACAGAUGAAGAGGGAAGAGUAGGGAGGAAGAAUGGACCAGAUUGAGAGACUGGAGAGGAGGAAGAAGAACACUGUUCAAAAACCUCUGCCUUACUUCAGUUUCAUCAGCCAAUAAAGCUCUUCCCUGCUCAUAACCAAUAGGAAGUCAGAUAUGUUUCUACCUUCCCUGGAACCCAUCAGAGAGUUGUGCUGUAACUACAGACAUAAGAGAGAGAGAGUAGUGUCAAAAUUCAGAACGAAUAUAUCUUACAAAUUAUCUUUUUAAAUAAAUAUACAGGGGUAAAGAAUGGUAUGUUAAGACAGUUGAGUAGCCCUGCACUGGUAGUUGGCUGAAAGAGAUGAUUAUAAAGACCCAAAACUGUGAAAGACUCCCACUGUGGCAGAGGUUAGGUUCCCAUUGCCAAUUGAUGGUUGUAUUUAUUGUAACCAGUCACUGAAGGAGAAUGCUAAGUCUGUUUUUCUAUCAUUACAAAAUGUCAACAUAUGGUAGUCCAAUCAAAUUCAAGUGCACAUAAUAUAUUUUUACCUAAGGUUAAACAUUUCAGCCUCAACAGGUCACUUUCCUUACCAAGUUACAGCCUUCUAGCAUCUCUUAUGGCCUCUGAAGCAUGACAUUACCAUGAACAGUAUGGCCUGUAGCUAGCAAGCAGAGAAGUCAAGUGUCCUGAUAUUUGUAGCUAUAAUCUUUAGGGUUGCAACCAGGGUUAGGGUUGCAACAUUACAUUAACUUUCUCAAAGUUCCUUGGUUUUUCAGAAAUCCUGGUUGGAAAAUGUCCUGCUUUUACCCUUCUGAUUCCAGGAAUUUUCCAACCAGAAAACCUAGGAAUGUUGUGAAAGUUACCGUAAUUUUGCAACCCUAUGGUGGUAUGUAUGCUGUGGUCAGACAUUCAGCAUUUGGGCCUUAUUUGAAUGAGUGUCUUCCUUUGACCCAGAAGAGCCUGACCACAGGAGGUUGGUGGCACCUUAAUUGGGGAGGACGGGCUGGUGGUAAUGGCCGGAGCGGAAUGGUAUCAAAUACAUUAAAUAAAAUGUUUCCAUGUGUUUGAUGCCAUUCCAUUCACUCCAUUCCAGACAUUAUUAUGAGCUGUCCUCCCCUCGGCAACCUCCACUGAGCCUGACUGAAGUAGCCUGGUUAAACCAGAAUGAACGCAGCGCUCACCAUUGUUUCACUUCAUGAGUGCAGUGUUACAUAUGGGUUAACCAGGCUAUGACAGAAGGGCCACGUUACAGGUGGUACUAACUACUCAUACUGGGAUUGAAGUUUGUACUGCAGAUUGUACUAGGCCAUGUUCAUUAGGGCAAACCGUGGGAAAAUGUUUUGCAACAGAAAACAAAAAUAAGCAUGUCUUAUUGGACAAGGCCAGAUGGUACCUUCUGAUUUCACUCCUUUUUGGACACUUUUCGUCCAUUUCGUGCCUACUGAACAUAAACCAGGUAACAGUGCCUGUUGUGUUAUGGGCAUCUGCAUGUGAUGGCAGCCCUGUGGCGCCACCUGUGGGAUGACUGCAAUGUACUCUCAGAAACGCACAUUGCCUGUUUCCUCACAUCUUGUUUAUUUAAAUGUACAUUUCCUGCUGUAGUAACCAAACUGUCCUACUGAUGUAUUGUAUUGACAAAUCACAGGAGGUUGGUGGCACCUUAAUUGGGGAGGGGCUUGUGGGAGUGGAUGGAGUGGAAUGGUAUCAAAUACAUGGUUUCCAUGCGUUUGCCACUUCAUUUACUCCGUUCCAGCCAUCAUGAGCUGUCCUCCCGUUCGCAGCCUCCACUAAUACGAUUUGUACUGUAUGUAAAGAAUGAAAUGCAUAAAGAAUUGUACUAUUCCAUUA